AAAACAACAGUUCACCAUUUCACUGUGGGCCACAAGUACCAGAAACCUGUUUGAACACUUCUCCACAGUAUAAGUAUGGACAACAAAACAAAUGUUGCAUUCCGUUUGAGUAUCUUGUUGAUUAUGGUUGUUUUAGGGGUGAACAGUGACGAUUGUAGCAGUUAUUACGAUUCAAACGGUGAUUAUGUGUACAGCUUUUCAUGCCCACAAUCGAAUGAUGGAUAUUCAGAGAUCUAUUGCUGUGGAACAAGCUCUUAUAAAUAUUGUUGUGACUACUCUACAUGGCUUUCAUUUGACUAUGAAAGUGACUGGGCUGGUGAUUUUGAUGAUGCAGUUGGACUAGGGAUAAGUAUCAUACUUGGCAUAGUUUUUGGGAUAAUUGGACUCAUCGUUCUAAUUAUCCUUUGUAUAGUUGCUUGUGUUUGCUGUUGUGCCCAAGCUGGUCAAAGUUCAUCGAAAACAACCGUUGUUCAUGCACCAAACCAGGUGUCUCCUGCCUCUCCUGUCGUGGUUUCCCAAAGCUCUGCUCAAGCUCAACAGGCAGUGCCACAGGCGUACUCCAACCCACCUCCCAACUAUGCAGGACAAAUACCACCACCAGCUGUGUACUAGUCCUAAAUAUGACGAACCGCAUAAAUCGAUUUGUUGCCAUAGUAACUUAAUUUGACACUUUCCGACUUUCACAUUCAUGACAUUUCGUUUGUCAAUAAAAUACUAAAGAAAGCGUUCAUUCUUUACAAAAUAUAAAUGUCAUGUUAAUUAUUUACUAUUGAGAACACAAACCGAAUUCCUCAAAGUUUAUAAAUUCUAAUGACGUCUAAAUCUCACCAAUCUACGUGAUAAUAAAUAUACCGAGUACAUUUGUUAAAACUUAUAAACGUCUGAUGACGUCACAUAUUAGGUACUGUAUUAACAAUUUAAGGACACGUCUACAUCUACAUGAUUCUCUUGAACAAUGUGUAUUACUAGUGUGUCUUAUUACGUUUUCUGAUUGCGUUAUAUUUAAACUCGAAUUCCUUUUGAUCUUUUGAUCUGAUCAAUAAUACUCUCGCAGAUAACGUUAAUCACAAUUUAGAUCCACUUCUUCAUAGCUAUUUAACACGAUUUUCUACUAAAGAUAAUUUUUGUAUUCUUAAAUUAAGACUGUCACUGUCAAUAUUAAAAAUUCAGCCACGA